UACUGUGACCGGACAUUAAACUCAAGCCGCCGACCGUGACGUCAACAGAGCACAUGCUGUCUACAUUUAUAACCGUCUUCCUUCCUCAUACCAGGAUGAAGAAUCAUAAAAGGAUGCAAAAUCCUUGUGCAUCAUAAACUGGCAAAAAAUGGUACACACACACACACACACACAAACAAACAAAACAUUCCCGACAUUUGGGAAACAUUCCCACCUCAGGUUUAGGGAUGUGCUAAACAAAUAUAUUUGUGACGCGCAGGCUGAUAAGCUGACGGCGAUUCCCAAAUGUGCCGGCAACGUCUGGCAAUCUACACAGCGCCAGAUCAGCCUUCAUUGAUAUUCAUUCAUUCAUUCAUUCAUCUUCCUAACCGCUUGAUCCUCACUAGGGUCGCGGGGGGUGCUGGAGCCCAUCCCAACCGUCUCCGGGCAGUAGGCGGGGGACACCCUGAAUCGGUUGCCAGCCAAUCGCAGGGCACACAGAGACGAACAACCAUUCGCACUCAUACUCACACCUAGGGAAAAUUUAGAGUGUUCAAUCAGCAUGCUACGCAUGUUUUUGGAAUGUGGGAGGAAACCGGAGCACCCGGAGAAAACCCACGCAGGCCCGGGGAGAACAUGCAAACUCCACACGCCUGCAAAAUGAGCCACACUUAUCAACUGGAGCCUUUUGUUCUUUUGUUUCACACUUACUAUCCUUCUUCUUCUGCUGCCCCUUUUUUUUUUUUUUUUUGUGCUGGCCUCUGUGCUAAUUUUGUCCCUUGCUUAUUUUAUUCGCUGAAGAUAAAUGCCAGACUGGCAAAUGCUGUGUGUGUGUGUGUUUUCCCGCACAUGUUGAACUAUAAUUCCAGGGCUGCAUUUUCAGCUGUCACAUCAAUACAAACACACACACACAUACACACACGCGUGCACAUCAACACAAAGGCAGAAUGCCAGCAGGUCCAUUAAGUAUUGUGCAUGUGUGUCUGCGAUCAUUGAGUUUUGUCAAACGGAGCGGCCUUUAAGCGCACGCACACACUGAUGGAUUCUCUUCUCUCUGUGUCAUUCCUCUUGAAGAUAUUCAUGAUUUCUGCCUCAGCAUACGGCGUUAAUCUCGAAGGGGAACUUUUCAAGGACUUGAUGAAAGGCUACAACAAGAAAGUGAGGCCCGUGGAGAACGGUGGGGAUGUCACGCAGGUGACACUCAAGAUGACCCUGACCAACCUCAUCUCCCUGAGUGAAAAGGACGAGGCCCUGAUGACGAGUGUUUGGAUCGAAAUGCAAUGGUGCGACUACAGGCUCAGAUGGGACCAACCACCUCGAUCCACCUUAUACAAGAACAUCACCUCGCAGCUACGCCUGCCCUCCAAGAAGAUCUGGCUCCCCGACGUCAUCCUGGAGAACAAUGUGGAUGGACAAUUUGAAGUGGCGCUGUAUUGUAACGCGCUGGUGUCUCCUGACGGCUGCGUGUACUGGUUGCCCCCCGCCAUCUACCGCAGCGCUUGCCCCAUCACCGUCAACUAUUUCCCCUUCGACUGGCAGAAUUGCACCAUGGUGUUCCGCUCCCAGACCUACAGUGCCAAUGAGAUUGAACUGGUUCUGAAAAAGGAGGACAACGUAACUCUGGAGUGGGUUGAUAUUGACCCCGAGGCUUUCACGGAAAAUGGAGAAUGGGCCAUCAAACACAGACCAGCAAAGAAGGUGAUCAACAACCAGUUCACCAAAGAUGACCCGGAAUACCAGCAAUUGGUCUUUUUCCUCAUCAUCCAGAGGAAGCCCCUCUUCUACAUCAUCAACAUCAUCGCUCCCUGCGUGCUCUUUUCCUCUCUCUGCCUGCUUGUUUACUACCUACCCGCUAAAGCUGGGGGCCAGAAGUGCACCAUGUCCGUUGCUACUCUUCUGGGCCAGACCGUGUUCCUUUUGCUCAUUGCCAGAAAGGUUCCAGAAACAUCCGUGGCGGUUCCUCUUAUCGGAAAGUAUCUGAUGUUUGUAAUGUCCGUGACCACCAUUGUAGUGAUGAACUCUGUGAUCGUUCUCAACGUAUCGCUGAGAACACCAAGCACUCACGUGAUGUCAGACCAAGUCAGAAAGAUCUUUCUUAACGUACUGCCUCGGCUGCUGAGAAUGCAAAUGCGGCCCUGGACACCCGAUCGUGACGUCGCCGCUGGAGUCGACGACAGGGCGGAAAUACAUCCGGUGCCAUGUCGGCGCCGCAGCUCCAUGACGUUAAUCAACAAGGCGGAGGAAUAUAUUCUGAAAACGGCUCGGACUGAACUCAUGUUUGCCCGACUGCAAGACAGAAAUGGACUGAUGAAGUCAGUCUUUGAGACGUUGAACAAAGACCUGAAAGAGGGAACGGCCGAGCGACUUAGUCUAAGUUUGGCAAAAGCUGCCCCGGAACUCAAGCAGUGCAUUGCUUCGUGUAAACACAUCGCAGAGACGACAAGGCAACAGAGCAACUAUCAAAAUGAGAAUGAAGAGUGGAUCCGGGUCGCCCGGGUCAUCGAUCGGGUCUGCUUCAUUGUCAUGGCUCUGCUCUUCUUCGUUGGCACCAUCGCCAUCUUCCUAUUGGGCCACUUCAACCAGCCGCCAUCUUCCCCCUUCCUGGGGGAUCCCAGGAAGUACCUUCCCACGAUAGAAAAUCUCACGCUAGCCGAUACCAGAUCAGGAGAGGACCUGCUGGGUUGAAGCGGAUCGCCUCAUAUCCUUUCUUGCAAAGUUGAAUUUGGUUGAUUAAUCGGUUGUUAGCUGUGCUAACACAGUCACGAUGACAGCGAUGUUCAUGGUUCGAAGAUCAUAUCAGUCUCUCGCUUGUUUAUUACUAGUUCGUUGCAAUGUUGUAAUCCAAGAACACCUUGUAAUCUGUUCAGGACCUUUGUUGGUCAAAUUCAGAAUGGCUGCCUUUUAUAAAAGUAUUUACAGUAUGUCACGCUACAAAAUGUCUCAAACGUUUAAUGGGCAGUGUACCCGCCAAUGUUUUCUCAAACGCCUUAAAUUUCACCGACAGUAGUGUCCACGAGCUUUUUGUAGCUGAAGGAUUUGUAUUAUUUCGGAUCUCCUACGUCUGGUGUCGGUGAAUCUCCAGGAUGCUCUUUGCUAACACUCAGUGCUAAUGCUAUAUGGACGGCUAGCUGCAGCCCAAAACUAUUGAAUUCCAAAUGUUGUCAAAGCGAUGUUUGUACUGGUAUUUGUUGAUUGGGUACAUGUUAGCUGAACUUGACACAAAAAAAGUGGCAACUACAGUAAAAUAAAUUGUUUGUGUCGUCUAGAAAUUUACAUCAUUGGCUCUGCCUUGCUCGUGAACAAUUUGGACAUUAAACUCUUUGCUAAAAUCUUAAUAAUAAUCAACAUGGAAAAAAUAUUGAUAUUUUACUGUCUUUUGUCAUUUCCAGCUAAACGACACAACCACAAAAUUUUGCGAUCGUGCUAUAUUACUAUAGUUUAUGUUUUACAUGAUGUUGUUUGAUUUCAUGCUACGUUUAUAAAACAGCAAAUAUAUUUAAAAUGUUCCUUCAACAUUUCCCGGACAGU